GAAAACUACCGUAUAUAUGGUUUAUCUUAUCGCCUGCCGGGUCACCCUGUAUGCGCGGCAAUGUUAACUAUAGGACAGCAGGCAAAGCAAAGCCAAGCAGCAAGCUAGUUAAAAUGCUCGCUGUUCGCUGGGGUUGCUCCACAGUCGCGUUUGCAUCGAUCGUGCGAACAGAUCACAAGCACAUCGCUGUUGGAUUCGGUUUUGGUAGAGCAAUCAACAAAGCGUUCACAGCAGGAGCAGCACCUGGAAUUGGGAAUAACAAGCGCCACAUCAUGUCAAGCCAAAGUCAGCUGAACACAUCGCAACUGCGCUUCGAGGAGAAGCCACUGCAUGUGCCCGCUCUGGAGGAGCUGCAGAAUGUCAUACAGGGUGCAUUGGCGAAGAACUUCAAAACAGUCAGUGUUAGUGUGGGCGCUUGUCCCGAUCUGAAGGCUGCACAAUACGGUCUAGUGGAGUCGGGUCUGGGUGGCAAACCCACCUUGCUGGAGGUUGGCGGUCCACCGUUUCUGCUGCCGCUCGUGCAGCGCGACAAGUUGUACAACAUUACGGAGAUCACCCGACAGAUUCAAGGUCCCGGCAAGAUCUUUGCCGUUGGCGCUGGCGCUGGACCUUAUCCCAUUCGUAACUCCAACUGCGAGGGCAUCUACAAUCUGUCCGUGAGUGAGAAGGAUGUGCUGACCAAUGGCAGCUACACGGCCACAGUGCGUGGCGAGCACGAGGAAUGCGUUCUGGAGCGCAUUCCCAACUCCGAGCCCCGUUGUGCGCUGUUGCUCAAUCUUUACCUGAGUCGUGGAGAGGCGGGCAAUGUGCUCAAGAUCAGUGCCAAGCAACGCAAGGGAGAACUGAACUUCAUCGAGUGCAUACGCAAGGGAUUGGAGGAUCACUAUGGUGAUCAGGUGGUUGGCUUGGGUGGCAUCUUCGUGAUCAAAAAGGGUGCGGCGCAUCAGCACGUGAUGCGUGACUUCAGCAAAACGCCCAUUCACACCGAUGAGGAGGUGAAUCAGUGGCUUAAAUUCUACGAGAUGCCUGCUCAAUUGAAUGCGCUGGGCACACUGGUAACCAAGGAACACGAUCUGGAUCUGCGUCUGCAACACUUUCACUCGUUCUCAUUCAGCAAUUGGGGCGGACACUAUCACUACGACACGACGCCCGAUAUCGUGGAGUAUGAGGCCUAUUUGAAUGUGGCCGAGCGUGUUGUGCGUGUGGACAAACCUGUGGCCACGCACAAGGUGGGCAGGGAUUAAGGCAUUGAUGAUGACUAUAGCCCAAAGGCUAGGAAACAAUUAUGUAUGAUAAACUAAUGAUAGACCCCAAAAAUAUAAAAAUAAACGCGUGAAAAGGUUUUGCUCGAUUUACAGAGUCUAGUAUUUAGCAAAGAGAGAACCAUUAGACGACGACGCACUUUUAGCCGCGUUUAGCCCGCUGGCGACGAAAACCUUGACGUAAUUGCCAGAAAUUGAGGCAGACAAAUUGACGACUCAACUUUCUAUGCGCAGAUCAAUCAACAAGAAGCAACAGAAAAUAGUGAUGAGCACACCUCCACAUUGAAUGAAUACGCUCUCGCAGUUCUGGUUUUAUAACUCCGCUGUCCAUUGUCCAGAGUGUUCAGUGUUCAGUGUUUGGUCUAAUGAGAGAUUCAGAUACGGCGACUAGCUAAGCAGGCCGUAAAUAAUGCAACAAGCAUGCAGUAAUCUAUCUAAUGUUUUUCUUCAUCUUCAUCUUUUUCUAUUUUUUUUGUUUUUGCAUCGCUGAUCGUUAAUUAUUUAAUAGCUUGGUCUUCGUGCCGAAGAAGCCAAAAAGCAAAACUAUUAACUUGUUGUUUUUGCCAAUUUCUCAUCGUAUCGACAAAAAAAACUGGAUUGCAUUAUGCUCCAUAGCAAUUGGCUUUAAUGACACUUGGAAAUUGCCCACGAACACACACACACACACAUGACACACCUAUCUUCAGCAAUCUCACCAUCUAUCUCUCCGGCUUGGGAGAUUUCCAACUUACCCGCUCACCAAUUCGGGUUCAUUCAAGAAUUAUGCUGCUUCUAUUUAUAAUUUUGUUUUAUUUGGGUUUGAGGUCGCGGCCGCUUCUUCUCUACCGUUUGCUGCGAUGAACGCGACGAUUUAACGGAUAGAUUUCUAAUAUUUGCAUUUAAAAUAUUGAUCAUUGAAAUUCGGGCUACCUUCACUUCUCUCCCGACUGAUAGCGAGUCACACACUCAAACACACACUCGAUUGAACCAAUUUAAUCUGCUAAGCGGGGCGAAAAAUGAGGAAGGUAUCUUUAUUGUAUUGUUGGCGGAGAAAUGCAAAUGCGAUUUCACAAACACAAAAAAAAAAGAAAAUAUCUUUUAUAUUGUCGUCGUCGUUGUCGUUGUUGUUGCUGUAUUGCUGUUUUUCUAGUCGCUUACACAUUUAUUCACAUUUUUUUUUUAAACAACACAAUUAGCACUUUUUAUUAGCUGCCUUGCCUCGUUUUAAUCGACUGCGCAGCGCAGCGCAGCAAGCGAAGUUCGGAGUUGGAUCAGUUGGAGUUUGGGGGAAAUGAAAAGCCCGAAGCGCAGUCCGAAGUUGCGUCUGUUCGGCUGAAGCUCGCGUUGCAGACUGAAGCUACUGAAUGAAGUUGAGUUUAGGCCGCUUCAUCGGCUCUUCAAGCCGCCUGCCACUUAAGCUUGUUUGCUGCGGCUUGUUGUUUUCAGCCAGAGUCAGAGUCUGAGUCUGAGGUUGUUUUGUCUUGUGGCUGCCUUGAUUUUGAUUGAAAUUGUCGUUUAAUAUCCAUUUGAACACAUUUGCCAUGACUAAAGUGCGUCAAGUGCAUAAAACAAUGCAGGCCAGCUGCAAGUUUCCAAUUCCCCGCAAUCAGACCUGUUCCCAUUUGCCAUUGCCAAUUCGGUUGGGGGAUAACAUCAACAUCAAUAUGUUUGUUGUCUUGCUCCCGUUUGGUUAACCAAACGCCCAAAGGCGACUCGCCCAAAUGCCGUACAUUGAACCAGACCACAAACGACGUGAAAUUUGCACAAACACUUGGUCGGUAGUCUGCCGGCACCUUAAUUGUGCCUGCUUGCAUAAUGAACCUCAACUGAAUCUGUUUGGGCUUUUGUUUUUAUACCGGGAACAAGCUUGUAUGCAGAUGCCACUUUUUUUAAUUAAAAUUAACAACGAAAAUUGACACAACUUGUUCAGCAUAUACAUAUAUAUUGUAACCAGGCAUCCGAGUAGUGUCAACUCUCAUAGCAUUUCAAUAUUUAAUAAAACCGCCGUUCUUUGGAUUGGCAUAGAUAUAUAUCAUUUAAUUGUUGUAAAGCAUUGGCGCAAUAGUUUUGAAUUGUUAACAAUCUUAACUCUUAUCGAAAAGAACUACUUGAAAUAAAGAAAGCACAUUUUUUAUUCAGCUACAAUCUAAAUAAUCUUCUUUUACAAUACGCAUAUGUACUGACAAUAAUUUCAAUUAAUAAAAGGCUUCUUUCUCAUUACGUACACCGAUUGCCUCAGAUUGCUUAGCUAGUUUAGCAAAUUUGUUCAACAAGAAACAAGACAUAGUCUAUAUAAAUUUAAAUUUGCAAAUCUCUUUGGAAAAGGCAUUGGAUGCCAAACGAAAAAUCAUAAGUAAUAAAAGGGAAAAUGUGGGGAAUCAACUUACAUAGUGCAGUGAUGUAAUUAUUUCGUUCGAUUGUUGUUCAUAAAUUAUGGGGGACCAUUUUAACAUUUGGAUUUACACUUGCAUAAAAAUUGUUCUAUACGCAUGCUAAAUCGCGACCAGAGAAAACAAAUGCAGAGAUGUCUUAGGAUGGCGCUCUUCGAGCAAAAAUAUAUGUGUGUGUGUGUUCAAAAUGCAGGCAGACGCCGAAGUUCUUUUUUUUAUCGGUGGUGGAUAUAAUUCCGACGAUUCAUAUUUUGUGGUCGCAUCAGCGUCAUCACUUAAUCAUAAUCCAUCUACUGAUAACGGGACAGCACUGGCAACGGUGCAAAGGAUGUGGGUACUGCUGAUGAGUAAGCUGCUUGCGAACUGAAUUUCGAAAGAACGAAAGCAUUAAUAUUUGAAAAAGAAUAAUGUAAAGCUUCGCUUACCGCCAGAAGAGCGAACUGCCACGCUUGAGUUCCCUGCGCGUCUGCAAAUCAUUCCAGCAGUCAACCCAAUUGGCAUACUUGGGCAUAAUCGGUGGUUGUCCGGCCAUCAGACGUGAGCCACUCACAGCCGAGCAUGUCGAGACCACUUGCAGUGGAUACAGCAGGCUGGAGAAGGCGAAUUGCGUAAAGCCCGCAUUGUAUUGCCUGGCCACCUUGUCCUUGAUCAGAUAUUUGUUGAUCACGAACACCGUGGAGCUAGACAGCACCAGACCGGCGACAUCGCACAGCAGCUUGGGGAUUAGACCGGCAAAGAAGCCAAGCACGCCUUCGUUAUUCCAGAUUUCGGCCACUGAGCCCAGUAUGGAGUUGUACAGCGUUUCGCGACCGAUAAACUGAGCCAUCAUGCGUAGGGAAAUCACAUGGAACGGAUGUGCGACAACAAUGCCACUGACGGUCAACACAAUGUCGCGCUUCAGAUUGUACUUGAACUGUACAUAGCUGUUGAUUUAGGUAAUAUAUUAACAUACAUAUGUUAACUACUGUAUGUGGUCUUUCGUACCUCUCCUCUUCUGUCAACUCGGAUUCGUCCUUGUCAUCCUGAUAGGCGAGCCCCAGUUUCUCAGCAACGCGUUCACUAACUACCAGGCUAAGCACAGAGCCAGCGAGUUUGGGUGCCAAGCCACGAUAGCAACCAUAGAAUCCAUCGAUUUUGCGAAUGUGAC